GUGGGCGACAAUGUCCUGGUAAAUCGCUCCAAUUCCCGGCCAAUGUAGGCUAUAUAUCCAGUGCAAUCUCGCCUCUUGACCUUCUAAGAUUUUGUUCAUUCCACAUAUCUCACUCCUUCAAUCGUUGUAUUUAUCCCUCCUUUUUCAAUACCCACAUCUCACAAUGGCAUCCAACCCUCCCGGAGCUUGCUGUGCCCAGGGCUUCAAGCACGAAGGCACCCCCGUUGGUGAAGUCAAGAAGGUCAAUGGCGUUGACUACUACGUCUCAUACCCCAAGGACAACAAGUCUCCCGAGAAGGCUGUCCUUUUCAUAAGUGACAUCUUCGGUCUCUUCAACAACGCCAAGCUGCUUGCUGAUGAGUACGCUGCCAAUGGUUACCUCUGCGUCAUCCCCGAUCUUUUCGAUGGCGAUGCUAUCCCGUUCGCCGAGAUGGAGUCUGGCAAGUUCGACAUUGGCGCAUGGUUCCCCAACCACCAGCCCGCCAACGUCGACCCCAUCGUCGAGGCCGCAGUUAAGUACAUCAAGGGCGACUUGGGUGUCAAGAGGCUUGCUGCUGUCGGCUACUGCUUCGGUGCCAAGUACGUCUGCCGCUUCAUGAAGGAUGGCAAGAUCGACGUUGGUUUCAACGCCCAUCCCUCUUUCGUUACCCACGAGGAGCUUGGCGCCAUCACCGGCCCCCUCUCCAUCGCUGCUGCCGAAAUCGACACCAUCUUCACCACCGAGCUCCGUCACGAGUCCGAGGGCACCCUCAUCAAGACUGGUCAGCCCUGGCAGAUCAACCUGUUCAGCGGCGUCUCCCACGGCUUCGCUACUCGUGCUGAUCUUAGCAACAAGCACUCCAAGUGGGCUAAGGAGCAGGCUUUCUGCCAGGCUAUUGCUUGGUUCCGCCAGUACUUGUAGAUGCUUAGAUGUGCUGUAUAUAGUUCGGGCCUGGACGCUCUGCCUAGGAUUUUCCAUAAGUCAAUGAACAGAGAUGAGUAACGACAUGCUUC